AUGCCACCUCGAUCGAUUAUCGAGCUCCUACCUGAAGAAGACUUACACUACCUAUCGCGCGUUGCCGCCCUCCGCCACCAGCCAGGUCACCAGGGCGCCCUAGGAGACCUCAGAAUUCCAGACCAGACGAUGAUAAACCAAUAUUUCAAGGGCCUUGUGAAUUCAUGGGAGCCACACGAGUUCACAGCCCAGGAACGAGAAAACAUCAGGCAAGAAGGCCUUCGAUACGUGGUCAUUACUCGUGAGCUCGAGAGGGCCCAACGGGACCUUUACCCGAGGCGUUUACCACCCGAUGUCGAGUCCCAGCUGGCGUUCGCAAAACAAAGCUACCUCGUCCGCUAUUUCCGGUUGUUCAGAGUGAAUGCUUUGCCAAGCGAAGUACUGAACAACAUCUUGCGCUAUGUGGUCUGGGACACUCCAAGAAGACCAGUAUUAGCAAGGUUGACAAUAACUUGGGUUUGCAGGCGUUGGAGAGAAAAUCUUCUGCACGAUUCGACAAUAUGGACGGCGAUUUGGUUCCGACCAGGGCCGUUGCGUGUUGAACGCGCUUUUACUUGGUUCGACCGCGCCAGGCAAGCUCCAAUGGACAUACGGAUUGACACGGAAGACGAAGCCAACAGCUCGUUGCUCUUGACUGAAGCUGAUAUACGCGGAAUUAUUUCGAGGAUUGUUUUGACCAAGCCUCGUAGUGUUCGCAUGCUCAUCCUGACGUUGGAUGAUUGGCCGACCGCCAUAACGAUCAUGGACCUGCUGGCAAAGUAUGGUCCAUCUGGCCUACCAGCACUUGAGCGAUUCGAACUUCAUCGGGGUGGACUGAAAAACGAGGAUCGCAAUUCACUCACCUGGCCCCCGCUCGACCCAAAACCUUUCCUAGGCGGCGCGCAUGCGCCGCAAUUAACCUAUCUGUCGCUAAACGGAGUUCCUGUUCAGUGGAAAGGCUCCAUAUUGGAAAACCUCACCACAUUCGAUAUCCGUCGUCUCCCGUCAAGCCAUAUGCCUGACCUCCCCCGUUUCCGCGAAAUUCUGAACAGUUGUCCUCGAUUGAUCAAGUUAUCGCUUGAUGGUGCUGGGCCACGGUUCGACAACUUGAUUGAGGCGCACCCAAUGCCGGUCGACCUUCCGUUACUACGGACUCUGGUUCUGGCCGAUUUCACUCGGCCGUAUGCGACCUUCAUUUUAUCCCUUUUCACUGCCCGCAACGUGAUCGACUUGACGCUCAUGAACUUCUGUGGGGAGGACUACAGCUCAGUGUUCACGUUAAUGACCGGGAUGUUCCCCCACGUUCGACUACUCACCGCUUAUUCCCUCGAAUUCCACCCAUACUUCCGGCCUGCCAUGGUGCGGUGGAUGGACUCGAUGCCCAGACUCGCAUACCUGCGAACCGCUAACCAAUCUUCCCAUUUUUACGGAUUAUUCUUCCGUGAAAAAGACCCCAUGAUAAACCCGGUUGCACCUCUCCUCAAGUUCAUUGAUUGCCAGAUGAUUGAGCCUCUUCCCCUUCUGGCGAGAUGGGUUCAGGAUCGUGCGCGCCUCGGACUCCCUAUCAAGAAAAUCUACAUCUCAGAACAACUCGGGGAAAGGCUUAAUGAGGCCCUUGUUCGAGAGCUAAUGGCUGCUGGUAGUGGCCUCUCGCGUUUGCCCAAGGGUGCGACCACGCCGGAAGAGGAGACGUUGAAGAAUGAACCGUGA